AUGGGACAAUACACCAAAGACAUAGUGAGGUUGGAGGUUAAAAAGAUAUGGUGGACCAGUUGGAUUGUUGCUAGCUCUUCAGAGAAAUCCAAGGUCAAGACAGGGCGACAGCAGUAUCCCUUAUCCUAUUCACGUCGACCCAGUCAUUCUUUACAUGGUGCUUAUCCAAACUCAGACGUACAGAAAAUUACUUCUGUUAAUUCCCUUAAUGUCAGUGCUUCACGAGAGUUGAAUGGUGUCUCUUCAGCAGUAAAGGAUAAUUUAAGUCCGAAUAGUAGACCAGUGCUCAGCCCAGUUGGUGCUACUAGAUCCUCUUCUAUAUAUGCUCCCUCUAGAAGCUUAGGUAACAAUUCAACCCCUUCUUCAUGGAUAACAUUGGAGAAGAGACCUACUUUUCCUACCCAGAGCAGGAAUGAUUUCUUCAAGAAUCUUUCAAGAAAGAGUUCCUUGGAAAAACCUGGUUCUGAAAUUUUGCCUAUUGACAUGUCUUGUACCUUGGAGAAGUCUGAAGCCAGCACAAGGAAUGUCUCUAGUUGUUCCAUUCUGAAAUCUAGAGACGCUUCUUCAGUGGAUACCUCUUCUAUGAACAUGUUGAGUGACUACAGCUCCACAAUUACUGUGAAUGGCAAUGCUGCCAAUGAACCUUUGAAACCUUCUAGCAGUGGAGAGAAUCAGCAUGGCAGCAAUCCUUUCCCUUACCCAGAUGAGGAAGAGAUUGCAUUUUUACGUUCACUUGGGUGGGAGGAAAGUGCUGGAGAUGAUGAAGGCCUCACUGAAGAGGAGAUACAAGACUUCUAUGAAAAGUACAUGAAGUUACAGCCAUGA